AGCAAAAAAGAAGAAAAAAAGAAAGAAAGAAAGAGAGAGAAGCAGAAAUGUCUGUUGAGAUUCAACAACCAGAGAUGCAUGGAGACGAGGAAGAAAUGUCCAAUGAGAUUCAACAACUACUGAUCCGUGAAGCUGGAAAUGAAGAUGACAUCAUCAUAACUGAGGUUGCAGAAGAGGCCGGCGGCAAUGAAGAUCAUGACAUCAUCAUAACUGAGGUUGCAGAAGAGGCCGGCGGCAAUGAAGAUCAUGACAUCAUCAUAACUGAGGUUGGAGAUGAGGCCGGCGGCAAUGAAGAUCAUGACAUCAUCAUAAUUGAGGUUGCAGAUGAAGAUGGUGAUCAGGAAUCCGACGACAAUGAUUUGUUUGUCCCUCCAACUCCAUGGAAGAGGUUUCUCAUGCUAAUUGAACAGUUGACGUGGAUACUUGUUGUUGCCGCAAUCGAGACACGAUUGCGGACAACAACAAGCGAUUCUGCCAGAUUGAGAGAGUGUAUGCAGCUGUUUGUACCAUGGCUUUCGAUACUUUCACUAGCGUGUUUGUGUCGGAAGUACGUGGUACGUGGAUUGGAUGCUGGAGUUUUAUACCAGGCAUGUUGGUUUUAUUACUUUGAGGAGGAGGGAGAGGAUAGGAGGAAGAUUUGGCACAUGAUGCUCAUCACCGAAGCUCUUUUACUAUUUUUCACAAUAGGCCACGUAGGGAUCAGCGCGUAUACCUGGCUGAAGAACGACAACAACGUGUACCCGAUGUUGUUUGCAAAUACGUGUGCUUUUCUGAUCAUCCCCGAGGUCAUUACCAGCUACUACAUUAGG